GCGGCACUGCGGGUCCCGAUUGCUGCAGCCGCUUGUCAGUGUGAUGAAGAUUGGCACCCAGGCCGCAGGACCUGCUCCUCUCCGUCCACUCCUCACCAGGACAUGCGGCUCGGCUCUGCCGGUUGCUCAGACACCAUUUGUUUUUGACUCAAGAUGAUUUGAUGUUUUAUAAUAAACUCAUUAACCAUGAUGGCUACACAGACAUUAAGCAUAGACAGCUAUCAAGAUGGGCAACAAAUGCAAGUAGUAACAGAGUUAAAAACGGAGCAAGACCCCAACUGCUCUGAACCUGAUGUGGAAGGAGUGAGCCCUCCCCCUGUGGGGUCCCAGACACCGAUGGAUGCAGACAAGCAGGCCAUUUAUAGGCAUCCACUGUUUCCAUUAUUAGCUUUGUUGUUUGAAAAAUGUGAGCAAUCCACGCAGGGCUCAGAAGGCACAACUUCUGCCAGUUUUGACGUGGACAUUGAAAAUUUUGUAAGGAAGCAAGAGAAGGAAGGAAAACCCUUCUUUUGCGAAGACCCGGAAACUGACAAUUUAAUGGUAAAAGCAAUCCAGGUUUUGCGUAUUCAUCUUCUUGAGCUGGAAAAGGUUAAUGAACUCUGCAAAGAUUUCUGCAGUCGAUAUAUUGCUUGUCUAAAAACGAAAAUGAACAGUGAAACUCUCCUGAGUGGAGAACCUGGAAGCCCGUAUUCCCCUGUCCAGUCCCAGCAGAUUCAAAGUGCCAUCACAGGCACUCUCAGCCCGCAAGGAAUUGUGGUCCCCGCAUCUGCGCUGCAACAGGGGAACGUAACCAUGGCAACGGUGGCAGGUGGCACAGUUUAUCAGCCUGUCACAGUUGUCACCCCUCAAGGCCAGGUAGUGACACAGGCGCUGUCACCUGGAACGAUCAGGAUCCAGAACUCCCAGCUUCAGCUACAGUUAAACCAAGAUUUGGGCAUCUUGCAUCAAGACGAUGGCUCCUCUAAGAACAAGAGGGGAGUUCUGCCGAAGCACGCCACCAGCGUGAUGCGUUCCUGGCUCUUCCAGCACAUAGGGCAUCCCUACCCGACAGAAGAUGAGAAAAAACAGAUUGCUGCUCAGACAAAUUUGACACUACUCCAAGUUAACAACUGGUUCAUCAAUGCGAGGAGACGAAUUCUUCAGCCAAUGUUGGAUUCCAGUUGUUCAGAAACCCCCAAAACAAAGAAGAAAACUGCUCAGAACAGACCAGUGCAGAGGUUUUGGCCCGACUCCAUUGCGUCGGGAGUCGCCCAGCCACCGCCCAGUGAGCUCGCCAUGUCAGAAGGAGCUGUUGUGACGAUCACCACACCCGUGAGCAUGAAUGUGGACAGCCUCCAGUCUCUGUCCUCGGACGGCGCCACCCUGGCCGUGCAGCAGGUCAUGAUGGCGGAGCAGAGCGAGGACGAGUCCGUGGACAGCCCGGGGGCAGGUGGGGCUGCGCUCACCCCCGCCCACAUCAGCGGGCUGGUCCUGGAGAACAGCGACUCCCUGCAGUAGGGCCGCGGCCGGGACGGCGGCCGGGACCCAGGGGGCGCCAGGACCCAGGGCAGCGGGCUGGCUUUUUAUAGUUUGCACAGCAAACAUUUUCCACAGUUUUAUUUCUGACCUGUUUUAUAUGUAGAUAUAGAAGAGUGCACUUUUGUAUUUCAUAGCAAGCUUCAGGGGCGUCUGUGCCGGUGCGGCGACUUCUUUCAAGUGUGUGUGCGUGCGUGCGUGUGGGUUUUCAAGGAAAGUCUUUAAAGGUAUAACGCUAAACAUGUGAUGAAUGACAGACACCCCCCUGAGCCCCUAAUUAGGUUAAAGAUCAGUGCUGCCAUUUUGUAAAAAAUUAUGCAGUUUUAAUGAGUUCUGUGGUUAAAGCAGGUCUCGUGGGCCGACUUAUCUAUGUAGCCCACGGGUUUGGAAGAAGCUUCUGCACCUUCAAGCCGCCAGUGCAGGGCGGACAGGACACGACAAUAAACUGGUGUGACUCCGUGGUGAAUGGACGGCGACCUAAGACCUUCGAGUUCUCUCAUGGCCAGUGAGCCUGUUUCGUUUGCUAUAUAUAAAAAGAAACUCCUAUUUUUACCUUGCUGGAAUUAUUGGAUAAAAAGCUAUUUUUAUAAAUUCGUUAUGAAUUGGAUUAUGACUAUAUUGAGGGUAAAAUUUCUAGUGAAGAAACCACACAUGCUUACUAUUUCAAUUUGGAGUGUUACGAAUUGACCAAAUUUAAUGAACCUGCCCCGAGAUAGCUAGGGUAGCAAUUUACAUUUACUACUAUAAAAGAAACAACUAUUUAAUGAAAUUUUGAUAUCUUCAAAUUUUAGUUUAUACGUAAAUGCUCAGAUUGCAUUUUCCACUUAAUCUAAACAUAUAUCUAAAGGUAUUUGCUAAAUAGGACUUAGUUAAGUGAAAUGAUAGCCAGUAAUUAGUUAAAGCUCUUACCAUGCAUAUUUCAGCCUAAUUUAAAUUUGACUGCAGUUAAAUGGUGACUGUACCAUGUUAGCUGUGUAUCGUUUUAGAACUUUUUAGUCAGCCAUAUGUUAUGCAUAGAAUGUUUAUUAUAAACUAAUAUAAAACGUCCUCUAUCCCAUUGGCUCAGACCUAAGGUGACUUGCAAACACUGAACUCUGUUCUGUAAUUAACAGACACCCACGAAGCGACAGAAGUGGAUGGGACUGUGCCGAUGGGGCAGUGCGCUCUCCUGCCGCUGGCCGCACGGGUCACCGUUGGUCCUGGGGCCCGUUUUCCUCCUUGUACACGUUACUCUGGCAUUUCCAGAGCCCCCCACCCUCCUUCUCCAGCACACGAGAUUUGGAAUAAUGUUAGGGCCUCGUUUCCCGAUGACAAAAUGAGCCAAAAUCACAGACUGGGUUUUGUUUACUUUGGUUGAUUGGUUUUCAUUUGUUUGCUUGCAAGCGGGGCUGUUUCUCAGAGAGAAAACAGGGCGUCUUGUUUCAGAGGGCAGGUCUGUCACCCCACCGGGGACACACAACAGGGCUCAGCGAGUUCCUAAGGGAGGGCCUCGUGGCCGGGAAGGCGGGUGGCUGCUGAGGUUCGGCAGCCGUGACGGGCUGUGCACCAGGGUUCCUUUGAGGGGUGUUCAGAGCUAGUACAGAUCUUUUUUCUGGGACUGACUUUUCCUUAACAACUUAUUAACUCAAAUUAAUAAUGGAAACUACUUCCUGGAUAACCUAGAAGGCAGAGAGAAAUCAUAGAAAUUUCUCUUAAAAUAUU